CCGUAUUAUCUCUGGUUUUACUUCCUUUGAACAGUCAGAUGGUUACACCCCAAGGAAACGAAGUAUAAAAACGAUUUUUGGGGUGAUUUUACAUUAAACAAACAUGAUUUUACUGGAAAUCAACAACAGAAUAGUAGAAGAAACGCUAACAUUAAAAUUUCAGAAUGCUGAAGCAGGAAAUAAACCAGACAAUGUUGAUAUUACAGUAGCUGAUUUCGAUGGAGUACUAUAUCACAUUUCCAAUCCCAAUGAUGAGAAAAGUAAAAUCAGAGUUAGCAUUUCCUUGAAGUUUUAUAAAGAUCUACAGGAGCAUGGCGCAGAUGAGCUCAUCAAGAAGGAAUAUGGAGACUAUCUAGCCGCUCCUGAGGCCGGUUACAAUGUCUCUGUCGUAUUCGACCUUGAGAAAGUGCCCAAGGACUGGGAAGACUGGGUCACCAAGGUCGGCCUACUCAAGCGGAACUGCUUCGCCUCCGUCUUUGAGAAGUACUUCCAGUUUCAGGAAGAGGGCACCACUGGUCACAAGAGAGCCGUAAUCCAGUAUCGCGACGAUGAAACUAUGUACGUUGAUGCCCAGAAAGACCGAGUGACGGUGAUUUUUAGCACGAUAUUCAAGGACGAUGACGACGUGGUGAUAGGGAAAGUCUUUAUGCAGGAAUUUAAAGAAGGGCGUAGGAAGUUUCAGCAGGCCCCCCAGGUUCUGUUCUCUCACCGAGACCCUCCCCAGGAGCUGGCCAACACCGGAGCCAGGGUCGGGGAUAACAUUGGAUACAUCACAUUUGUGUUAUUUCCACGACACACCAGCAAGGCAGCGCGUGAGAAUACCAUAAACCUCAUUCAUACACUCCGCGAUUACCUGCACUACCACAUCAAGUGUUCCAAGGCCUACAUCCACUCAAGAAUGAGAGCCAAGACCAGUGACUUCUUAAAAGUCCUCAACAGAGCACGCCCAGAGGUCAAGGACAAAGAGAAAAAGACAAUCAGUGGGAAAACAUUCCGACAGCAAUGAAAGAGUUGAGUGUUUAGAUCAUUUGAAAAGUCAUUCGAACCUGUAUCCAAAAUACGCUGGACACUGGAAAACUAAAGAAUUCCACAAGUGUGCAAAAAACUCUGUCUCAAAGGGUUAGCUUUUGAAGACAAACCUUAAAACCACUUCUUUUUCUCUGACUAGAAUUCCUAGGGUUCACUUGCUUUUGAUUAAGAUAAUAUGUACAGUAUUUUAUACUCUCUUUGCAAUUCUUUAAACGAGGUUAAAUUAGCAAGGAGAGAUUUGUAUUGAAGGAACUAGUUUAAAUCAUGUACCAAUAUGCAAUACAUAUUCUGUAUGGAUAUAUUUUUGUCUGUAAAUGAUAUUAUCGAACUCUCUUGCAUGACAAGGUAAAAAAAAGUAGUGGGUGUGAAAAUCACCACCUUAAUGAUAUGUGUUAAUUUAAUUUGUUAAGAAGAAUCGAAGCAGUCUCGUUAUCUGUGAAAUGAUGCUAUUAUAUUCAAAUUUGUACCAUAAGAUAUAUUGUAUAUGAACAAUUUUACAUCAGUUUGAUUGUAAUAAAAAAAAUCAUAUCCAAA